AUGUCCGCCCUUCCUGAGACCGCCCUCUCGUCGGCGGCGUCAUCAACGAUCUUCGUGCCCAAGUCCCACUUCGCAGAUGUACACACACCAUACGCAGACUCCGAGGUCGAGAAGGCGCCCGCUCAGGUCGAUGUUGAAGACCACGAGGAAUGUCCGGACGGCGGGCUGCGGGCAUGGCUCGUAGUCUUCGGGCUCGCAUCCGGCUUGUGUGCGACGUUUGGCUUCGUGAAUGCCUGGGGCGUCUUCCAAGCAUACUACGAGCAGUACACCCUACGACACAUGUCCCCCUCCGAUAUCGCAUGGAUAGGAUCUGUUCAGUAUGCGCUCGUCUUCAUGCCCGGACUCGUUUUCGGCCGACUGUUCGAUAUCGGCUACCUCCGGCUUCCUGUGUCCCUCGCAUCCGGGCUGCUCAUUACCUGCACGUUCCUCACCGCCGAGUGCACGGAGUUUUGGCAGCUUUUGUUGUGCCAAGGCUUCGGGAUCGGAAUAUGCAGCGGGAUCGUCUUCAACGCCGCUGUUGGUACGAUUCCGCACUGGUUCGACAAGAAGCUCGGGUUGGCGCUCGCAGGAAUGGCGACGGGCUCGAGCGUCGGCGGAACGAUCUUCCCUAUCAUAUUGAAGAAUCUCAUCGAGCGCCAGAGCUUCCAAUGGACCCUGCGCAUCACAGGCUUCAUUGUCACAGCAUUCCUCAUAAUACUGAACCUCACCAUUGCGAGGAGAGUUCCCCCGAAACCUCAUAACGGCCCGUUCAUCGAUCUUUCGCUCUUCAAGUCAGCUCCGUACUCCAUAUUCUCCCUAUCGCUAUUCAUGGGCUUCCUGGGCAUCUACACUUGCUUGACCUACAUAUCUCUGAGCGGCAUUCUGGCUGGCGUCGACAGAGACCUGUCUUUCUACCUGCUCUCCAUCGCAAACGCGUGCUCGCUCAUCGGCCGUCUCGGCGGUGGCCUCGCCGCGGAUCGCUUCGGGCCCAUAAACGCGCUGAUGCCUCCGACUUUCAUGGCGGGUAUCAUGACGUACGCCUGGCCAUUCGCAACUACGCGAGGCUCCCUGAUUGCGGUGGCCAUUCUCUAUGGUGCCUCGUCCGGUGUGUUUGUAUCUGUCAUGGGCGCGCCUGUGGUGCAGAUGGGAAAGGUCACCGAGGUUGGAAUGCGCGUGGGCAUGACGUUCACCAUCAUGUCUCUCGGCGCACUUGCGGGCCCUCCCAUUUCUGGUGCCAUUCUUGACCGCACCGGCUCUUUCGAGAACGUCGGGUACUACGCCGGCACUGUCAUCAUGGUAUCCGUGGCCCUCAUGGGGAUCGCGCGGCAACUCCUGCUUGGCAAGCGUUUCUUCGGCCGUAUAUGACGACCUCUUCCCUCCAUCAUCUCUCUAUUCUCCUGCCACUCAAGAUGAUUAACGAAUAGAUCACGACGACCCUCCCGUAUUUAAUCGUACUGGCGUACGUUGCUUAGAUUAACC